AUGGAUCCAUCAAAAACAGAAGAAAAACAUGAAUUGCAAGAAUCGAAUUUAAAAUCAAAGCAGAUACGAAUGAAUGAAUGGAAGCAUCCAUCAGAAAAAGUGGAUGGUCGAUGGUUGCAAUUGGAUGCAAGGGUUAAUCGUACUGUAGAAGACCUUGAAAUUUCAAACCACAAUCUACAAAUCAUUAAUGAGGGCCUGGAAAGAAAACUAGAAGAAAUUACAGCUCAGUCUUCAGUGCAGGAAAAGCAGGCUCCUAGUAGCCUAUUGCAAACAAAAGCAAACGAAGAAAAAGUUCUUCUUCAUUCAGUCAAUAAUGUGUUAGACAACUUUAUUUCCAUCGUUGAUGGAAUGGUUCAACAGGCACAAGAUGUUUUGGAUGACUAG